AUGGCUUCCCUACCUAUCUUUGACUCUGUCUCUCGUUUCCUCCCGCUCACCAACGAGGAUGAGCAGUUCUGGUGGAGAUUGACUGGCCAGCAUAUGGCUCGCAUGAUGCAUGAGGCAGGCUACCCUGAAGACCGCCAGGUUGAAUGUCUCCUCUUCCAUCGCUUCAAGGUCGUUCCUUGCCUGGGCCCUCGACCACACUCCGACAUACCCUGGUAUAAAAGCCGUGUGGGCGGAGGAGCCGCAGAUGGCUGCCCGAUCAACUACAGUUGGCGAUUUGGCACUGCCGAUAGAAAGCCCCAUAUUCGCAAUUUUAUCGAGCCCCUUGGAACUCUGACGAACACUCCGGCCGAUCGACUCAACGAGGUGGCAACUAAAGCGCUCUUACAAGACUAUGCCAUGACACUGCCAAAUGUCGACCUGGAGCUGUUCUGGACGUUUGCGCCUCAUUACCGGCCGCGUAUUAUCGAAAAGGCAGACAUGGAAAAGCUCGCCGGGGCUUCGUUACUUGUUGGAGCAGAAAUGUCUCCAGACUCUCGUACCAUCGAUAUUAAGGCAUACAUGUAUCCUCGAGUCCCGUCACAAACCAGCCAGCUCCUCACCACAAUUCUCCCCCAAGCUAUGCGCGAUGCUUAUGGUGAGGACGUCUGCCUGGACAGCCUCAACCUUGUCCGUGACUUUAUGACAAGUGAUCCACAAGGAAGCCAACUUACUCUGACGGGCACCACCGGAAUUGAUUGCUGCAAACUCCAGGAUACGCGCGUGAAAAUUUAUGUUAUCACUCGCAACACUUCAUUCGACCACAUCUCCGCCAUAAUGACUCUGGGAGGCCGGCGGCCAAUCUCAAAAGAGCUCCUUAGCCAACUUCAGACACUCUGGUAUGAGCUCAAGGGCGCUCCGGCAGAGCUCCCCUCGUCUGAACAGCUGCCGGCUCAGACAAAACCGGAUGGUAGCAAAAAUCCCAUCGUCGUUCCCUUCUAUUUUGAUAUCCAGCCACGGCUUGCACUACCAGAUGUCAAGGCAUACAUCGAUGUGAGCACCAGCCCUGUAAGUGACCUCGCAGCAGCCAAGGCAGUGGUUCGCCAUUUGGAGCAUCAUGGUAGCGGGCAAAAUCCACAAGCGUACUUAAACGUCUUGCAGGAUAUCACCCCGGUUGAAGAGCUGGAAACUCAGAAAGGUGCUCUCGCGUUCUACUCGGUAGCUGUCAAGAAGAACGAGCUAGAUAUCACCUCUUACUUUAACCCACAGGUGUAUAAGCGUUAUUUCGCUCAUGAAGUGCAACUUAAUGGGCAGCGACGGAGUGCGUUUGAGUAG